GGCCUUUUGACGCAUACAUCGGUAAACUGGCAUCGUUCAGGUUUGUCUAACUGAUAUCACAUGUCUGGUUUCAUCAAUUUAUAGAAGAUGUAUUGAGCUUUAGAAUACGCAAUAUUUCGUGUAAAUCGGUUGAGAAUUGCAUAAGAGAAGACUCUUUUAGUAGAGAGGUUGAGUGCAUCCAAAGCCUCGUAAAUCAUUUUUCCAAUAUGGCGGAGGACGGUGCCGUUGCGCCGCAGACCUUAUCGUUGCAUUGGACCGGUCUGUGUCCUCUAUAUAGCUGUGCUCUUAACUUCCGUCCCAGGCGUCGCUCGCGGAUCCGCUCUCUGUCGUGAUGUCAGACCCGACGAGGAGGAGAAAGCCGGAAUGAGUUGACGUUUGCGCCCGCGGUGGGGAAACUAAGAGCCGCUGCUGCUGCUGCUGCUGUCGCCCAUGAGCGUCCCGCUUCUUCUGAAUGGCCACGUCGGACAGGAGUGGCGGCGACGCGGGGAAGAGCCGCGACCCUCUGUGCGACGCGAGAGAAGCGAGUACGCAGACGGACACCAAAGUGCAAGUUUACUGGCUUGUCUUGCAGGCCAUGGACCGAGACUUUCCAAAGUCAAUAUGUUGACACUACUCAGUCUCUGGAUGGAACUCUUCCCUCGAAAGAAAGCACCUGUGGAAAGUGAACGUCAACAGACGAGGAGCACAGGCCUCGUGGUGGUCCAGGACUGCAAUAUCAAGGGUCUGCACUGCUCAAGCACAGAGCUGCAUGCGGGCCAGAUAGCGGUGAUCAAACAUGGACCGAAGCUCAGGGGCUGUGACCUCUACUUCUCUAGAAAGCCCUGCUCCACCUGUCUGAAGAUGAUCGUAAAUGCUGGGGUUAGUCGGAUCGCUUACUGGCCGGGCGACCCAGAGCUCAGCCUUUUGUGGGUCCAGGGAGAUGGAGACAGUGAGGGCCACAGCUCGCGGGAGGCUGUCCUGGAUGCCGUGGCAGCAGAGAGACUCAAGUCCAACAGCCGUCCGCACAUCUGCGUCCUCCUGCAGCCCCUGGCCAGCAACAUGGGACAGUUUGUGGAAGAGACCUCUAGUGCCUGUGACUUUCUAGAGAAAGUUGCCAAGGACAACCUGGGCCUGAAUAUCGGAGAGCUCUUCAGAGAGCAGCAGAGAUGCAGCCGAGCGGAAUUAAUGGAAACGUUCUUCCUCCAAAACGAGCAUCAGCACCGUAGUAUCCUCAACGCAAUCGGCCUGGAUAACUUCUGCACAGAGCCGUACUUUAGCAGCUUGCGGCAAAAUAUGAGGGACCUAAUUGCUUUGCUGGCCUCUGUGGUUGCCAGCCUGCCGCACCCUGAACAGGGCUAUGGCUUCUAUGAGAAGAACCCCCUGCAGGCUGGCAGGGCGGUGUCUCCAAGCAUUGUUAGACAUUGCAUCAUACAGGCACGGCUGCUAUCCUACAGGACUGAGGAUGCAAAGGUGGGGGUUGGUGCUGUGAUAUGGGCUGAAGGGAAGUCUGGCCACUGUGAUGGCACAGGACAGCUGUACUUGAUUGGCUGCGGGUACAAUGCCUACCCGGUCGGCUCCCAGUAUGCCGAAUUCCCCCAGCUGGGCAACAAACAGGAGGAACGCCAGUGCAGAAAAUACAGAUACAUCAUCCACGCAGAGCAGAAUGCGCUCAGCUUCAGGAAUGCAGAGAUCAAGGAGGAGGAGAACACCAUGAUCUUUGUCACAAAAUGCCCAUGUGAUGAGUGUAUGCCUUUGAUAAAGGGUGCUGGAAUCAAGCAGAUAUACACAACAGAUCUGGACAGUGGCCGGGACAAGCAUGACAUUUCAUACUUGAAGUUUGAUCACCUUCAGGGAGUCCAGAAGUUCAUUUGGCAAAAGAAUUCACAAGAUGAAAGUGCUGCUGGACAACCUUUGGCAAAUGGCUGUACGGGGAAACAUGACAGAGAGACGGACGAACAUCAGCUCUGCAAGAGGCAGCGACUUUUAAAUACGUGCAUACAAACUGAGCUUGGCUAAUGGAUAUUCAGGGAGAUCUUGCAUUAAAGAGAUGACUGUAAACAAAGGAUAACGGUUUUAAAUGUGCACAAAGAGGUUGUCUUAGGAACGUUAACAUUGUACUGUAACGAGCAAGAAAGCAUACUGUUAAAUGCUGUAUUUACAGAAGUACGAAACUCAUGAAUUCUGCACUUUUGAGCCAAAAAUGUCUUCCUUGUUUGUUUAUAGUACGCACAUGGCUUCUGUGGUUCAGGAACAUUGAGUAAAAUGACAAAAAAAUGUGUGAAAGAAUGACAGUAUUCUAAAAUAAGGGGGUGUGGUGGUGC